AUCUUCUAGACCCGUUGUUUUCACGCAGAGGCAGAGGUAAUAUUCAGUCAACUUUUCUUCUUCACUAGGCAAAAAGUCUGCGAAACCAAUUUGUCCUCGUCGGUUAUAAAUACAAGAUUAUAUCCCCUCCACAGCCUUACGCAAAUAUUUCUUUCUAGCUACUAACAGUACUAGCUCACAGUAAUGGCAGAGAUGGCUAACGGCGAUUCUCAUGAUUUUCGCUCGCUUCUCUCUUCGUCAGAUUGUGAUUACCUUAUUCGCAACAACGGUGAUCAGGUUAAGAUUGACAGCUUGAAGGGGAAGAAGAUUGGGUUAUAUUUCUCGGCAUCAUGGUGUGGCCCAUGUCAGCGAUUCACCCCAGUCUUGGUGGAAGCCUACAAUGAACUUGCUCCAAAAGGCAACUUUGAGAUUGUUUUUAUCUCAGCUGAUGAAGAUGAUGAAUCAUUCAAAAAGUAUUUUUCAAAGAUGCCAUGGCUUGCAAUCCCUUUCUCUGAAUCAGAGACACGCGAUCGCUUAGAUCAGCUAUUCAAGAUUCAGGGAAUACCCCACCUUGUGAUCAUUGAUGAAAAUGGGAAAGUGUCAAGUGAGAGUGGUGUUGAGAUCAUUCGGGAAUAUGGAGUUGAAGCUUAUCCUUUCACACCAGAAAAGAUCAAACAAUUAAAAGAGCAAGAAGAAGAAGCCAGGAGAAAUCAAUCAUUGAGAUCUAUCUUGGUCGUCCAUUCUCGUGACUAUGUAAUUUCAUCUGAUGGAAAGAAGUUUCCCAUAUCUGAACUUGAAGGGAAGACUGUAGGCUUGUUUUUCUCAUUGGCUUCAUACAAAUCUUGUGUUGAUUUUACUCAAAAGCUUGUUGAAGUUUAUGGGAAAUUGAAAGAAAAGGGGGAGAACUUUGAGGUUGUGUUCAUAUCACUAGAUGAUGAUGAAGAAACUUUCCAGCAAUCCUUGGGAGGCAUGCCUUGGUUAUCAUUGCCUUUCAAGGACAAGUGCUGCGAGAAGUUGGUCCGGUACUUUGAGCUCUCUACUGUGCCCACUCUAGUGGUUAUCGGACCAGAUGGGAAAACCCUCCAUUCCAAUGUUGCCGAAGCCAUUGAAGAACAUGGAGUUCAGGCAUAUCCUUUUACCCCUGAAAGGUUUGCUGAGCUUGCAGAGAUAGAAAAAGCAAGAGAAGCUUCCCAAACCCUGGAAUCGGUUUUGGUCUCAGGGGACCGGGAUUUUGUCAUUGGGAAAGAUGGAGCUAAGGUUCUGGUGUCUGAUCUAAUUGGGAAGAACAUCCUUCUUUAUUUCUCGGCACAUUGGUGCCCUCCAUGCCGAGCCUUUCUACCUAAACUCAUUGAAGCCUACCAUGAGAUUAAGGCAAAAGAUAAUGCAUUUGAAGUGAUUUUCAUCUCUAGUGAUAGUGAUCAAGCCUCUUACGACGAUUUCUUUUCUACGAUGCCUUGGUUGGCACUCCCCUUUGGAGAUGAGAGGAAGGCAUCUUUGAGUCGCAAAUUUAAGGUCCAAGGUAUACCUAUGCUUGUAGCUCUUGGACCUACUGGUCGAACUAUUACAAAAGAGGCCAGAUCGCUCAUUACAAUUCACGGUGCUGAUGCUUAUCCCUUCACUGAUGAGCAUCUGAAGGAGAUAGAAGCAAAAUAUGAGGAGAUGGCAAAGGGGUGGCCUGAGAGAGUGAAACAUGUACUUCACGAGGAGCAUGAACUAGUGCUUGCACGUCGAAUGGUUUAUAAUUGUGAUGGAUGUGAUGGAGAAGGAAAUAUAUGGUCCUACUACUGUGAAGAAUGUGACUAUGAUCUUCAUCCAAAAUGUGCUCUGGAAGAAAGCACAAAAACCAAAGAAGAUGAAAAUGAGGAUGAACCAGAGCCUAAAGAAGGAUGGAUCUGUGAAGGAGGCGUCUGCUUUAAACCUUGAGGAAUCAAUGUUUUAAUACUUUGUACUGAAAUAUGUUCGUGUGGGUUUUUUCUUUUCCUCGUUUCCAUUUAAUUAUUAUGAUGUUUGAGAGACAACUCUGUUCAUGUACCUGUGAGUUAUCUCUUAUAGACUUACGUGUAUUAUAUAUAAAUGAAGUCAUUUUACAAUACAAAUAUUGGGAAUUCUAUCCCUCUGUUGGGUGC